CUGUUUGCUGCCCGCAGUCUUGGCGGGCGUGUCGGCGUUUCUGGGCACCUGUAAGCAUCCUUACGAAGUCUGCUCCAACCUCUAAAGUUAGGAUACUUUCAUCUUUUAAGGAUCCAAUGACUUCCUGACUUGGAGGAUGUGUACUUGGUGGCUGGAUCCAAGGACCAAAGCAAGGAGGCUAUGGACAGCCCAGAAAGAGAGGAAGAUCAUAUUGGGCUUCCAGAAAUAAGAUCAGGUUUUACCCCUCUUUGGCCAAGAUGACUGAUGAUUUUUAAUUAUCAACUCUGAUAUUAAAAGAAGUUUAUAGUAAAAAGUUGCAAUUUUCCUUGGAACUGCUCCAGAUAUGUAUAUUACCAUAUCGUGAAUGUGAAAUUUCUUCUAGGGUACAUUUGAUGUUUGUAUACUUACAUAUCAAAUCUGCCUUUGUAUAUGAAGUAUAUUUUUACUGAAAUACAGUAAGAGCUUGAUAGGAAAGUUGGGUUUUACUUCUUUUCCCUAAAUCCUAGAGGUGUUAAUUUUGAGGAAGAGAAUGUCUGUGGUGCACCAGCUGCCACCUGGAUGGUUACUGGAUCAUCUUUCUUUCAUUAAUAAGAUAAACUAUCAACUUCACCAGCUUCACGAGCCUUGUUGCAGUAAAAAUAAGCCCACUGCUUCUGUCCACUUUGGUUCUCUUCAAAUGGAUUCUAUGUCCUCUCUUGGAGCCUCUUCAGCAUUUAUUGCUUCUGACUCUACCACCAAGCCAGAGAAUGAUGAUGGAGGAAAUUAUGAAAUGUUCAUACAAAAAUAUGUUUUUCGACCUGAAUUAUUUGAUGUCACCAAACCCUAUAUAAUUCCAGCUGUUCACAAAGAGUGCCGACAAAGUAAUGAAAAGGAAGAUCUAACGGAUGGUGUUAAAAAAGAGAUCUCUGUUUCUGUUACUGGAAAGUGCUCAGCAAUGAUUAUGCAAAGUUCAUUUCAGAAGCGUAAAAGAUGUGUUGCUUUCAAUCAAGGUGAAUUGGAUGCUAUGGAAUACCAUACAAAGAUCAGGGAGCUGAUUUUGGAUGGAUCUUCACGGUUAGUCCAAGAAGGACUCAAAAGUGGUUUUCUUUAUCCACUUUCUGACAAACGGGACAAGUGUAGUGAGCCCGUUACUUUACCAGUUGAUACCUGCGAUUUGUCGGAAUUAUGUGAAAUGGCAAAAUAUUUGCCUUCUCUGAAUGAAAUGGAACUUGAGGUUUUACAGUUGAUGGAAGAUGAUAUGUCUGUUACAGAGCAGGAUUUACUUUCAAGGGUUGUUGAAAACAACACCAGCUUUACAAAAAUGAUUACUUUAAUGGGGCAGAAAUACCUGCUGCCACCAAAAAGCAGUUUUCUUUUGUCUGACAUUUCUUGUAUGCAACCACUUCUGAAUUGUAGGAAAAAAUAUGAUGCCAUUGUGAUAGAUCCACCAUGGCAGAACAAAUCAGUUAAAAGAAGUAACAGGUACAGUUAUUUAUCACCGUUGCAGAUAAAGCAAAUACCUAUCCCUAAGCUGGCUGCUCCGGACUGUCUUGUGAUUACCUGGGUGACCAAUAGACAGAAGCACCUGCGAUUUAUAAAGGAAGAACUUUAUCCCUUUUGGUCUGUGGAGGUAGUUGCUGAAUGGCACUGGGUAAAAAUCACCAGUUCAGGAGAGUUUGUGUUCCCGUUAGAUUCUCCACAUAAAAAACCUUACGAAGGUCUUAUACUGGGGAGAAUGCGAGAAAAGACCACUUUACCAUUAAGGAAUGCAGAUAUAAAAGUUCUCCCCAUUCCAGAUCACAAAUUGAUUGUCAGUGUGCCCUGUACUCUUCACUCACAUAAACCACCUCUUGCUGAGGUUCUAAAAGACUAUAUCAAACCAGAUGGGGAAUAUUUGGAAUUGUUUGCUCGAAACUUACAGCCAGGUUGGACUAGUUGGGGCAAUGAAGUUCUCAAAUUUCAGCACAUGGAUUGUUUUCUUGCUCUGGAGUCUGGAAGCCAACUAUAAUCUUAAAGUAGUGACACUUUUCAGGUUUUUGUCAUUUUUCCCUUCACCAUCACUCAUCCCUUUUUCUUUUAUUAUUAACCAUUAUGCUUAGACAUAUAAACAGGACUUGGUUUUUUAGCAAAAUGACCAGAAGUGCCUAGCCUUCAUGUAAUUUUGAGAUGAAUUUUACUUCAGUUGCUUUAGUAUUCCACAUUAUUCUAGACUUUCUACAAAUAAAUGAUAAGCAGAAGGCGAGAUUAUUCAUUCAAAAAGUUCACAAGACAUACACUGUUGACCAGAGGUCAUCAUGCUACUGUGGAUAUAUUUCGUCUGCCCCAUACAGUGUUGUAAAAUAGAUAGAUAGAUAGAUUAGAUAGAUAGAUAGAUUAGAUAGAUAGAUAGAUAGAUAGAUAGAUAGACAGAUAGAACCAUUAUUCUAAACUAUCAGGAAGUUUCAUGUAAAACCCAGAGUUUUGCUUCUCUUUAAAUAUUUGAUGAUCUGGCUCCAGCGAGUCCUGUGUUCUCUCGUGACAUCAGUUGCUGGAUCUAGUGGUGGCUGCUCACUUCAGCGGGGCCGUGCAAGUUCACCCCUGUACCACCUCCUCCAUCUCACUCAUUUAUGUUAUGUGAUUGGCCCCUGUGUGAUCUGAAUUUGCAACCUGUGGUAUACCAUUCGUUAUAUUCUGAUAAAAGUAUCCUAAGACCUGCCAAGAACUGCAUUAGUAUAUUGAGUUUAUGCAACAUUUUUGGAAAGUUUUAUAUUAGAUUCAAGGUUAUUUUUCAAACACUCUUUGGUUUUGCUUGCUUUUCUAGAAGAAAAUAAAAAAGCGUUUCUUAUAAAUGUAAACAUAGCUUAUGAUUGUGAAAAAAAUAUUAGUACUGUUUACAUAUUUUCAGCAAAUACAUAUUUGUCUACUAAAUGAAAGGUUUUGACUGAAAUGAUUCUUUGAAAAGCAUGCGUGCUGAUUUAUUAUGUAUCACCUGUUUUUAAGUUGAGGCAUAACUAUCACAAAAAGAAAUUCUCCAAUUUUCAUUGUUGAUUUCAGUGAGUUUUGAAGAUGUAUAGAGUUGUCUAUCUACCAUUGUAAUCAUGACAAAGAGCAUUUCCUUCACCCCAAAACUUCCCACGUGCCCCCUUGCAGUUAGCCCCCUCCUCCCACCUCUGGCUCCUGGCAAACAAUGAUCUGUUUUCUAUCAUAGUUUUGCUUUUUUAGAAUUUCAUAUAAAUGGAAUCAUAAUAUAUGUACUCUGUUGUGUCUGGCUUCUUUAACCUAGCAU